UUUAGAGAAAAGUUGUAGUGUAAAUUAACUAAGAGAUUAAAAGAACACUCCGUAAAGCAUCAUGGACGUCGACGUAGCAGUUGAACCCAUCCAUGUGGAGUCAGUAUCUGAUAAUCUUCCUAAAGCGAAUGCUCAAAGGAAAGCAAAGGAAACGCGGAAGGUUUUCAUUCCUCGCACACGCAAAGGAGCUCUCAAGGAACAGUGGAUGAAAAUUUUUACGCCUGUUGUCGAGCAGUUGUCGCUGAUGAUCCGGUACAACGUAAAACAGAGCCAGGUGGAAAUAAAAGCUACACCAGCUACAUCGGACCCAACACACCUUCAGAAGGCGGCCGAUUUCGUGCGGGCGUUUGCGCUUGGUUUCGAAGUCGAGGAUGCGUUGGCUCUGAUACGUCUAGAUGAUCUGUUCAUCGAAACUUUCGACGUGACGGAUGUAAAAGCACUGAAAGGAGAUCAUCUAAGCCGUGCUAUCGGACGGCUUGCUGGAAAAGGUGGUCGGACGAAGUUUACGGUAGAAAACACAACCAAGACCCGCAUCGUACUGCAGGAUUCGAAGAUUCACAUCAUGGGCAGUUACAAGUACAUUCAGCACGCGAAACGAGCGCUGAGCCAUUUGAUUCUUGGCUCACCGGCUAGCAAGGUUUACGGUAAUUUACGCUCAGUUGCAGCCAAUCAAAAUUCGCAGCGUAUGUAAGAAACAUAUUGCCUUUGGAUGGGAAAUGUAAUUAUAAUGAUGAUCAUCAGAAUGGAUCGUUUAUGAACAUAAUUAUGCUAGACGAUCUUUAUGUCCGGUUUUUUGUUAACAGAUAUUGAUCUUGUAAAAUAGAUUUGUAAUGCAAAUUAGCGGGUGGAACU